ACGUUACCUACCUACUUGCUCUGUGCUGAACACAUAUUUACACAAGUUUAUUGUAUUCUUAAAAACUUAUUACAUAUUGUUUUAAGUUUUUAAAAUGCACGUAAGGGUUAGAUUUUUUGGGAAACCUGAUACCAUUGUAGUGGUCGAUUCGAAGUUGACAAAAAUAGAGAAAUUUCGCAGUAUUAUAAAAGAUAAGUUUAAUGUAGAACCAAAGUUACAACGCUUGUUUUAUGGAGGAAAGCUGUUAGAAAAUGGAUACACUUUUCAUGACUACAAUAUUAAGCUCAACGAUGUGGUACAACUUAUGGUCACACAAGUUGAUAAGUCAGAAAAGAAAAUAGAAACAGAGGAAAAACGUGAUAAUGAAAAUAAAAAGUCUGAGGACGAGGGGAUUGUGUAUAAAGAUGCCAAAAGCUCCGUAUAUGCAGUUGGUGACUUAAUAGACAUGAGAGAUAGAGAAGAAGGUGCAUGGUUUGAGGGUAAAAUCGUCAGAAUUGUGUAUGAACCAAACACCCCGGAUAGUGUUAUAAAUGCUGACAGUUUAUCUGAUGAUUCAAUAAAGGAUGACAAGAGUGAUUUAGAGAACCAACCACCAGACGGUGAAAAAAGUAGUCCCAAAGCUAAGGGAAUAGAAAAGUAUUUUGUUAAACAUGCAAAGGCAAAGAAAGUCAACAAAGAGAAAGAUUUGAAAAGUAGAGAAGAAUAUCUAUUGUAUAAGGUGCAGUUGGAGGAUGAUGAGGAGGAUUCAGAUUUAUAUUGUAAGCUUAAAGAAAUAAGACCAAGGGCUAGGACAGUAAUUGACAUAAAGGAUUUGAAACCUGGACGAAAAGUGAUGAUCAAUCACAAUACAAAUAAACCUUUGGAAAAAGGAGAUUGGUUUGAUUUUAAAGUGGACGAAGUAAAGAAGCUACGGAAGAACUAUGAGUUGAUUGGCACAUUGUAUUUGGGUCCAGAGGCUAUACCACAAAAUGAUACCAAAGCAUAUGUUCAUGAUAAAAUAUUUGCUAUCGAGGAAGUUGUGCCACUUGCAGAUAGAACUGAAGAUUACAAGAAAAUGAUAGCUGAACCACCAGAAAAGAGAUCGAAACCACUCAACUGCUUGGUGUGUCGAGAUGACGAAGAUGCGACCUGCAAAGAAUGUGGUUGCUAUACAUGUGCUGGGAAAGAAUCGCCUGAAGAGAUAAUCCUCUGUGACGAGUGCAACUACGGUUUCCACAUGAAAUGUCUCGACCCGCCCCUCACCAAACUUCCCGAGGAGGACUGGUACUGUCCCUCCUGCAAACGGGAUACUAAUGAAGUGAUAGCACCUGGUGCGGGGAAACAGACGAAGAAAACUAAUAGCUCGAAGACUAAUAGGGAUUGGGGGAGGGGAAUGGCUUGUGUUGGUAAAACAAAAACAUGUGCCAUGCCACCAAAUCAUUUUGGACCCAUUCCUGGUAUUGAAGUUGGGAUGUGUUGGAGAUUUAGGAUUCAACUGUCAGAAUCGGGAGUACAUCGGCCUCCCGUAUCAGGAAUCCAUGGACGCGACGUGGAGGGUGCUUACAGUAUAGUAUUAUCAGGCGGUUAUGAAGAUGAUUAUGACAACGGCUACGAGUUCACAUACACGGGUAGUGGUGGGAGGGAUCUAUCCGGGAAUAAACGGACGGCUGAACAGUCUUGUGACCAGACACUCACUAGAGAGAAUAAAGCACUAGCCCGCAAUUGUUUCGUAAAAGAGAUAAGCGAAAAAGGCGGAGACGCGGGCGAAGCGUGGCGGCAAGGCAAACCGGUGCGAGUCGUUCGAUCGUACAAGAUGAUAAAACACUUCCCUAAAUAUGCACCCAAGGAGGGGAUACGGUACGACGGUAUAUACAAAGUGGUGAAAUACUACCCCGAGAAGGGUUUAUCCGGUUACCGAGUGUGGAAGUAUCUGUUACGAAGGGAUGACCCCAAUCCAGCACCCUGGGAGGCUGAUGCUAAACAGUAUCCUAUUGUUUAUCCAGAUGGGUAUCUCGAAGCGGAGGCAGAGAAGAAGGCACGAAAAGAGACGGCAAGCAAACUCAAGAAUAAAAAUAAAAAGAGAGCCCUCAGGGAAAAGAAUGAAUCGUCAACGGAUUCUGAACGAUCGCCGCCUGUGAAAAAACGCAAGACCAAGGGAACUAAUGAACUGUCCAAAACUGAAAGUCCUGUAGUGCCUAAACUCGGUUCACUGAGCAGUGAAGAGAAGGAAGCCAUAAACUCCGAUACAUUAAACGCUAAAUUGUGGGCCGAGUGUAUUGAUGUCUGCGAGAAACAGGGCAAAAAGGAAUUCAUAGAGCAUGUAACUCAAGUAUUCUUAUGCAUCAUUUGUCAAGAGGUAGCUGUAACUCCAGUGACUACGCCUUGCUUGCAUAACUUUUGUACGGGUUGUUUAAAACUAGCGUUCAAAUCAACGCAGUCCCAAGUGUGUCCGUGCUGCAGACAUAACUUGUCUAAAAUGGAAAUAACUCCGAACGAGAAUCUCCAAACUGCACUCAGGACUAUUUUAACAGGUUACGAUGUUGGGAAGAAAUAAACUAAUCAUGGAAUAAUUGGAAACAAACUUUAUUAGAUCAUGAGUGUUAUUAAGAUUGAGACUUCAGUAUGUAUUGAUUCAUUUAGCCUUUAGAACUAUUGAAUUGAUUGAUUUGGUCCGCCUUAAGCAAA